AUGAGUUGUGGACUUGAACCGACACAAUUACCAUAUGCUUCAACCGAGAAUGAUCUCAUGUUAUUUGGAGACAAAGUCGGCCAUGAACUGAUUGGCAUGCCAUCUCCGUUGGACUUCUCAGCCCUCGACUGCCUCUUGUUUCCAGGGAUCACCUCUGAUAUCCUGGCCGCAGAGAGGUUGGAGCACUUAGCCUACUUCACCAGCGCCAGGGGAAUGGCAACAUUUACCGACCGGGAAACCUUUCUCCAAAGACAAAAGAAGGUGUUUGAAUCUUAUGAAAUGAAGAUCAGCCUUGACAAAGAGUGCAAGACAGAGGUCGAGUCGGUCGAUCCAUUGCAAGCUAAAUCACGCGAACUCCUUGAAAACUUGCAAGCCACCCUCAAGAACGAAACAGAUGCAGCAGCUGCUGCAACGAAAUGGACGAAAUCUACACGAACACGGUGUCGUGAACUCUUCUCCCCUCCCAACAUCCGCCGCUUCCUCGAAUACUUCUGGUCCCUCUGGUACCCUAACUGCCCGAUCGUACACAAACCACUCUUUGACGCAAACUCCAUCUCCCCAGCCUUGCUAUGCGUAAUGGUACUAAUUGGUGCCUGUCUAUCUCCAAGCAACGAGGAGCACGAAACUGCACGGAUCUUGCUUGAUAGCUGCGAAGAGCUGAUUUUCAACCACAAAUGCUUCACAGUUGACGGGGCCAUCUCAAACGAUGUCGGAAGAAGGGACAUGAUACAGUGUAUGCAGGCCUCAUACCUGGUGUGUUCCUUGCAGAAGCGGGAAGGCAAUCUGGAGGCUCAGGCGCGGAUUCGACGGCAUAGACAUGCUUCGAUGGUUGCAUUAUCAAGAAGUAUUGGGCCCAAAACAGCAUCGCAUCGGAGUCUUCGGCUUGAGAAUGCAUCGCAGUCUUGGUGGAAGGAGUUUGCCGAGGAAGAGGAGCUUAUUCGAACUAUCAUUUUUACAUUUUUAAUUGACGCAGCCUUGACUAUUUUCCAUAACUCUCCUCCCCGAAUAGUUGUGUCUGAGCUGAGGAUGGACGUUGCCUGUCCUGAAGCGUGUUUCCAAGCAGACACCGCCGAAGAAUGCUUGCCUAUUCUUCGAGUGUGGUCGGGCACUCGCUUCUGGAAGAAGCGACUAUCAGUCGUCUCCGUCGUUCGACGUAUCUGCCAAGGCCCGAUUGAUGAUGCUCUCGUGCAGGAGUUCUCUACUUUGGGAACUCUAAAUCUCUUCACACUUGUGCAAGCAAUUCACUCUCUUAUGUUCCAUCUCCACAACUCACUCGUCUUCGAAUCAACGUUAGCCCCAGUCCAGACCGGCCUCGAAAAUUGGCGCCGCAUAUGGAAUGAAAGAAUACCCGAAGACGUGGGCAUACCCGACACACCAGACAACCUUUGGAAGCAAGUUGGUUUUCUUCGGCAGGCAUCGGAAUUUUGGCAUUUGGCACGCAUUAUAGCGGGCAAGAUCAUGUCAGCCAAUCAAGAUGAUGCUGACGAGGCCGAGGAAGAUAAAGAGCUGUCUAGGUACGACCAUACGGAUAUGGGGGAUGUGAAUGACCUCAUUAUGGAGUAUCGAAGGAUGAAUCUUGGUGUGGAUUGA